CUCUGGCUUCACAAGAAGCGACAGAGCCAGGGGCGGCGCCCCAGCAUUGACAGCAGCAGCAUCCACCGCCGCCGCCUCUGGCGCCCGAUUCCCGCCGCCUACAACCCCUUCUGUCAUGGUAUCCUCCCCCUCGUUUGCGCCAUCGAUCACCUCUGAAAAGCCUCCUCAACUCAACGUUCGCCCGGUCACUCAGUUUGCCCCCGAUCUGAGCCCCAGUAGCAGCGCCGUCGCCUUGGGCACGGGCGCUGUUGUGGGAGGCGCCGCCGCCCUGGCUGCCUCACGCAAUCUGACCGGCAACCAGCCUCAAGAGAGACCCUAUACCGGUACCGCGCACGCUCCCCCGCAGACCCCCAAAUCGAGCCAGAACCCGUUCAGCGAUCCUGUCAACCCCUUCAAGGCUCCCGGCGAGGGCCCUUCUUCGCCAGCAGGCCCUCCUAGCCCUGUGGCUUAUGCUUCCACUCCCACUACGCCAACCUCCCCCGCCACUCCCAGUGCCGCUGCCGCCGCCGCCGCCGCCGCCGCCGCUGCCGGACACGUCCCGGGUGUGGUCCCCUCUGGAACAGCGCUCGAAGUUGCGGGCGCCGGCGCCGCGGUUGCAGGGGCUGCCGUGGCGGCCACGGUGGCUAUGGCUUCGGAUCCAGCAGAGUCCAAGAACUUGCCCGCCCAGCCGGAGGAAGCCGAAACUCGCGCCGAGUCUCCUGCACCCGCUGCCAUUCCUACUCCGCCCAGCCCUACCAUGAACGUUGACGCCGGUGUCGCUGCUGCUGGCGCUGCCGGGGCUGCUGCACCUGUGGCUGCCAUGCCCAACAAUGUUCACCGUGUGCAUAUGGAUUUCAUUCCCUCGAUGGAGGACGAAUUGGAACUUCACGCUGGACAGCUGGUGAAGCUGAUUCAUGAAUACGAUGAUGGAUGGGCUCUGUGCGUCCGACUCGACCGAUCACAACAAGGUGUCGCUCCCCGAACCUGUCUCUCUGCUCGCCCCGUCAAGCCUCGCCCUCCGCCGAACGGUCCCUCGCCCAUGGGAGCCAACGGCCGUCCCAUGUCUCCAGCCGGCGGCCCUCGCAUGGGCCCAGGCCCGUCUGGUGCUCCGGCUCCCGGCCCUUACGGCCCUCCUCCGCCGACGGGUGGAAACAACCAGCCCCCGAGGUUCUACCCACAGGAGCCGCGUCCCAUGUCUCCCGGCGGCCACCCGCGCAUGCCAGGCCCUCCGCCCAACCGUCCUCAGCCCAAUCGUCCCAUGUCCCCUGCCCACCAGUUCCCGGCCGUCCCGCCCUCUCUUUCUCCCGGACCCGGUCCACGACCAGGACCUCCUCGCUCCAUGAGUCCCGGUCCCUACGGGCCCCCGGGCCUCCAGAAGCCAUCCAUGCCUGCCGCCCAGCGCGCUCGCAGCAACAGCGCUGGCGGUGCCAUCGGCGGCAGCCCGCGCAUGAACAUGACCAUGCCCAUGGGGCCUAGCCCUCUUGCCGGCCCGCCUGGUCCUUUUGUUCCCAACCAGGGUCAUUGAUCCGAUCAUUGACUUAUAGUCUGUUCGAUCUAUAUCAUGUACAUGGAGUACUAGCUGUGGUUUCAUCGGAGUCUUUCUUACCGAAUUCUUACCCCCUCUAACCACUAGAGACUCAUCUCUACUAUUCUUUUCCCCUUCCCUUCUCACAUGGAUGAUACAUCAGUCAGUUAUGACUGGUAUCAUCUCUGCUGUCAAUAUGACAGCUUUUUUUCACUUAUUUUUUUUACCCAUUUCAUAUUUCUUCAUCGAUCUAAAGAUAUGUUUCACCAAUUCUUAUAGUAUUGGUGAUGUAAUGUCAUUAUACCCCCCCCCCCCCUUCUCUUCAAUGAACCCUUAUGUUUUCCUACCCCCCUUUUUACUCCCCCUUUCUUUUCUUCUUGACCUGAAAGAUGUAUGUACUACAUGUGAAUAACUAACUGUUAGUAAGUAAGUAGUUGAGAAUUUACUCAAGACAAGAGUUUA